UACAUCCUGCCGCCGGCCAAGCCGCCCCAGAUGAACGCGACUCCGGAAUAUAAGGAUGUUUGGGCCACCGUCCUCUACGUCAUCUGCUCUCUUGCCUACAUCUACGCCAUUUACAGAGGCUUUCCAGCAUUCUUGUCAAACAACUCGUUUGCGCCAAGCAACUUCUACAGCAACAACUCGGGUCCGGCAACCUUGAUCGCGGCCAUCUAUCCAAUCCUCGUGUUCAUUGCCUCGUCGACCCUGCUGGGGCUUUUGUGGUUCCUGUUGAUGCAAAGUUACCCGCGCCAAAUGAUCAAGCUCUCGUACUGGUCCUGGUGUGGCUUGGCAAUCGUGGCCGGGGUCUUGUUCCUGAUUGGCGGCUCGAUUGCCCCCGGCGUUAUCUUUAUCGUGUUUGGUCUCCUGUAUGCCUGGGCAUACGUGGCGAUUCGAUCCAAGAUCCCGUUUGCCUCGGUCAUGCUGGAACUGGCCGCCAGUAUCACACGACAGUUCCCAGCCAUGAUCUUCUCUGGCUUUGUUGGCAUGAUCAUCAGCAUCAUCUACCAAAUCGUGUGGUUCAUCACCCUCUAUGGGCUGAUCAUCCUCAUUCUCCAGAACUACCCUCCCAUCAACCAGCCUGACGGAACCCAAGUCAUGAACCCACAUGCCACAGGCUAUAUGAUCGCUUCCUUUGUCACGCUUUUGUUUAUGCUCUUCUGGACGCACGAGAUCAUCAAAAACACUAUUCAUGUCACCUGUGCUGGCCUCUACGCAACGGUGUACUUCACCGGCACUCAAGAGGGCGACUCGCUUCGCUUCAUCGUUCCCGUCACCAACCCCACGGCCAAGGCUGCUCGUCGAGCCCUGACCACCAGUUUCGGAUCCAUUUGCUUCGGCUCGCUCCUGAUUGCCAUCCUGGAUCUACUCCGCUAUCUCGCACGAUCUUCGAAGAGCGGCGCCGCACGGGACGGCAACUUUAUGCUGAUGCUGAUCUGCUGCUGUCUUGAGUGUCUGCUCACCUGCAUUCGAGACAUUCUGGAGUAUUUCAACUUGUACGCCUUUACCCAAGUCGCCAUGUAUGGCAAGGACUACUGCGAUGCUGGAAAGUCGACGAUGGCUUUGAUCAAGGACCGCGGACUCCAGGCGGUCAUCAACGACAACCUGAUUCACAACGUCAUCACCAUCGGCGGCGUCAUCGUCGGCCUCAUCGGCGCUGCCCUGGGCUUCUUGAUCAUCUACUUGGACGGCAACGACUUUGCCUACAACAGCUCCACGAUCGCAACGUACUGCGUCCUUGGUUUCGUCGUCAACAUCAACUGCUUCUACGUGAUGAUGAGCGUGAUCAUCUCGGGUGUAGCCACCACCUUUGUGUGUAUUGCCGAGGAUCCGGGCACGAUGCAGCGCCUGAAGCCUGAACUGUUCGAGCGCAUGGCAGAGUCGUGGCCCGGCAUCAACUGGGGCAUUCAUCAGCCUGUUUCGAUGUGAACGAGGGCAAGCUGGCACAUUGGGACAGCAGAGUUGGCGACCAAGGGCAAGGACAAGGAUAAGCUCAAGGUCAGGGCCGUGCAUAGGACCGAGGUCGAGGAUACGAGCGAGAUCAGGGUCCAAUGAGAUGUUUGCUUUGGCGGUAUCCCACAGUUUGUGAGGAUUUCAUCGAUACAAUGGAUAGAGGGCGAGUGGUUCAUGUGUCUGCUGUGGAAGUGGCACUUGGUUUGUGGGUGUGUGUUGGGUAUCUGCUGGAGUUUGUCGAUCGAGCAGCAAUGUGUGUUUUGUGGACUGGACUCGACUCGAUUUCCAGUUUCGCUUCUCUUUCUAGUUCAACCUCUUCCUCCACCAGGCCUCUGUUUUCAGGCUAUGGUGCAUUCGUGUUGUUGGCAUUCUUUGGUAAAGCAAUACAGCGGAACAGGAC